UAUUUUAUUUAUUUUAUUAUAGUAAAUAGGUUUUAUUGUUUAUUUUUGUUUUAUUUUUUUAUCCAAAAUGGAGGUUAUUGAAGAUGGAAAUAUUAUGGAUCGCAUCCCUAUUCUGUUGCAAAGGGAUUUGGAAUAUUAUCAGAAAAACCAAACAGUAUUAUCCGAGACCGUUUGCAAAGGUGUUGUGGGUGGCCGGCUAGAUUUUCCAAGAAAUGCAUCUUUUGCUUCUGUCAAAAUUGUACUUUGGUUGGAAGAGGAAUUCUCCAUUGCUUUCAAACAAGGAUCAGGCAUGUUUGUGAUUACAAAAGAGGAUGAGAAAACAGACAUUGGUGUGGCCAAGACUUCUGACCCUGACAAGUUUGUGCAGCUGGCCAUCAAGUCUGGUGAUUCUCUAUUAGAACACCUACACAUGCUAGCUCAAGAAGCGUUAGACCACGCUGAUCUCCCGGUACUGACAGCUACUCUUGGCGCAGCAGCCUUGUUGAAGAACAGCAUGUAUUGCUAUGUACAGCACGUUGAGGAUAGUGGCAACGCUGAGAGAUAUUCUUUGCUUCAGGCUUGCUACAAACGCUACACUGCAAUGGCCGAAGCGGUAGGUGAAAGGGUGCUAGACUUACACAACCGUGUGUUAUCCUUGUAUAUCCUGCAAGAUUCCGGUGGUCGGCCCAUAGAUGGCGCUACUAGGACGGUGCAUGAGACUGGCACGCCAUCUGUGCAGGGCUGGUGGCUUUAUAUGAAUGGUAGUAGAAGAGAUCUUUGGGACACAGUACCACCGCGGAUGGCACAGAGAAUAUUCGCUGGAAUGCUGAAUGAAACACUGACUAUACUUACUGUUAGAUAUUGUCAAACAAAUACAACAGAAACAACAACCCGUCUUCUUCUAAACGACAUACUAAACAUUCUUCUCUGCGUGGCCCAGUUAUUACCGUCUAUCUGUGCGAACGGUUCGGACUUGGCCGGUCUAGACGUUAAGCAUCAGACGAGAGACGUGAGGGAUGUGCAUGCGAAGUGCAAUGAGCUGUUCAAGUGCUUUGUGUAUAGAGGGGCUGACUUGCAUUUUAUACAUCAGGAAUUCAAAGAACGUGAUCCUCCCUCAAUACCACGGGAAUGUCCAUACCCCUGGUUCACAUUCGUCAGUCCGAAGCUAUUUGACAAGUUAGACGACCCGUCUGUAAGGAGUACUCAUGAUUUGAACAAUAAGACCGCUUUGGGACUCGAGUUGAUUGUGUUGUUGGCACAACCGCAACCUAAUUGGGCUUUGAUUGUUAAGGUCCUAAUGAUGCGUGACUGCCACCUAGCCCGGCUCCUCCUCAUCCGCGCUAUCCGGCACAUGUGUACUGACAACCUGCCGUUUGCCGCGAGCGGCCGCUGGUACAUUAGUGGUGCAAAUGUCAAGUGUAGCGGGUUUUUGUGUACCGCUGAUGGCUUCUGUCGGUUUGGGGGGGAUGUUAACCCGGGUGUAGAAUUAGCCCGUGCAGCCGGCGCCCUAACCUAUAUUCUAGCUACGAUCGGCAGUAAGACGGAAUUGAAGACCACUCUGUGUUACGCGCUUGAGAUAUCUGGCAGAGAUUGGGCAGCCUGCUUGGAUAAACGACAGGUGUGGUGUGAUAGAAGACCUUCAUGGUUAGCUGGUAUUCUGGCAAUAGUUGGUUCCGUGCUUCAGUUUAUACCGCCUAUAUUAGUCAAUGCGGUACAGGGCGGCGCUUCUAUGUAUCAGACAAUGGUCCUCUGUCUGUCCUGCAUAUCACGAUCCCUAGACUGUGUUCCCCGCAGUUUCGUGAACGCCUGUUCUAUCAUAGAAGGCACUUUACCCUCACAUAUAAACCCAGUAGGAGGGUCCGUCCUACUACAAAUGUUGGUGACUGUCACUUAUGAAGAAAUACAGAAAUGGGCUAAGGAAGAAGCUGAGAGAGAAAAGGAGGUAGCAUCGACAGCGAAUGGUGAGGCCCACACUAUGAGUGUUCGAUCAAAUAAGCCGAGGUCUAAGCAUGUACGGAUCAUGGCUCUUGGACAAACCACAACAUCAACCUCCCAAAGUUUCGACGGUACCCACAGUAGUGCCUCGUCCAUAGCCCUCGCAGUCGCCGAAGCGCUCUGCUCUAUAGACGAAGAUGACAAACAUACGAGAGACAUACAGUUACUUAUAGAACGAGCUAAAAGAAAGGUGGUGUUAUCUGAACAAUUCGGGUUAGAAGACUUUCCGGAGUUCGCUGAGCUGUUUGAAGAGGGUGAUGUGCCAGGAUCUAACGCAGAGCGAGCGAGUGACGCCGCGGCACUCACUAGUCAAAUAUUGAUGACAUCGCCCGGGAGAGAUAGCCUUCGAGUUAUCUACGAGCACCUAGCAUUACAUUCUGAGUGGAUUUACAAAGAACUCGGCAUACAGGAGUCCUGUGAUAUCAACAUACCCCUGAACAAGACUCCGCUGUUGUACACUAUGUUCCAUAUUGGGAAACAGCCUUUCGAUCAGUACCUCCGCGGAGAAUGGCCGAUACCCUGGAGCAAGUUAGUCGCCGUAGCCAAAGCCUGGUCAGGUUUAGAAGGUGUCCGCGUUCACAUCAACAGACGGACAGAUGUUCGCAAUAUGAAGGCUCAGGGCAAAGGAAAUAAGCAGCUGAUGCAACUAUGUGCUAUGUUCAAGUCGAAUAGUGAAGGGGUGCUGUAGUUCGGGGACAUUCGGGAAUGUUCGGGAAACUUCGGGUGUGUUCGAAAGUCUUCGGUGAGUUUCGGGGGUUCGUAAAGGUGAAUAAUGAGACACAUGUUGCCUUCAAAAGCUGUUGUAUUAUAAGUAGAUGAUGCAGCUGUGUAGGUAUGUUGGUAAUAUGAAGGCUCAGGGCAAGGGAAAUAAACAGCUGAUGCAAUUAUGUGCUAUGUUUUGCGAGUUUGUUGUGCGAGUUUCGGGAGUUUACAGAGGAAUAUUUUGUUAAACCUAAAAAUAUUAAUAAACAGUAGGUAGGUAAAACGUGAGUAAAAUAAAAUUACUAAUUAAAUUUGAAAACAAAACAUAAAAAUAGUUAUCCACAAUUUCAGGUGCUUAUGACAAUGUUACACUCUUAAUUCAAAUGAU